AUGGCUCACAAAGACGUCCCUUCUGUCAAGCCGACUCAGGAUUCUCAACAUCUCGAGACCACGGAUCUUCCAGAUGAUGAGAAGACAAUGGGGCAAACGAAGUUGAAAGCCGUUGGACGCCUGAGGAAGAGCGGUUGGCUCUUCGCAAGCUCGAUUGGAUUGGGGUAUCACAUCCAACGAUUACUCUUGGAUCGUGACCGUGGGCUCACGUCUGCUGACGCCGAUGGAAACCGCAACAUUUAUGAGUUUGAUGUUAUCAAUAAGAGAUCUACUCUUCCUCCCGCUCGCUUGUUCACUUAUGAGGAUGCUGGUUUCCCUGAUGGAGUCAAGGUUGAUGCUGAUGGUAGAGUCUAUGGUGGUGUGGCUGGAGCUGUUGAUGUAUGGAGCGACGAUGGAGUUCUUCUGUGCAAAAUUAAGGUCAAGGAAGGUGACACUGCUGUGAACAUGCAGUUUGUCGAGAAUAAGCUGUAUAUCCAUGGUCGUAAUAGUAUCUACGCAGUGUAA